GCGGGGGGGCACGCUGGGCGGGGGGGCGGCCAGCUGUGCCCAUGCAAGGCAUGGGGCCCUUGCGACUGGGCAGCCGCUCAGUGAUGUACACGGCUGAGACCCUGUCCAAGGGCAAGAACCGAGUGAUGGGGACCAUUCAGAUCAUGACCGGCUUCAUGCACAUUGGCUUUGGGAUCGUCCUGACAACGCUCACCAACGUCUACACCUCCGUCUUCAUCAUUGGCGAGAUCCCCUUCCUGGGUGGCGUGUCUUUCAUCAUCUCGGGCUGCCUGUCCAUCGGAGCGGAGAAGAGCCCUACGGAGUGUGCGGUGAAGGGCAGCCAGACCAUGAACAUUAUUAGUGCCAUCUUUGCGCUGCUGGGCAUCGUUGCCUUCAUCAUCGACCUCAACCUGAAUGGGCUCUACCGCUCCAGCUUCAACUACUACAGCUAUCUCAUCAUGCUCGCAGGAAAUGGGAUCUCCAUUGUGCUGCUCAUCUUCACCAUCCUGGAGUUCUGCAUCGCCGUUGCCACUGCCAACUUCUGGUGCCGGGCAACUCGCCUCCACUCCAACGAGGCCAUGCUGAUCGUGCCCAGCACCAUCCGGGCGGACCUGGCGGUGCCACCGGCGGAGCUGCCCCAGCCGCCCAGCUACACUGAGCUGGUUGCCCCAGAUGUCUAGCUAGGUGAUGCCCCUCGAGGAUGUCCCUGGUGCCGGGUCACUCCUCGCGCCAGACCCUGCCUCUGACCCACUGCCCCCAGCCGGCUGCCAGGGUGCUCCAGCUGCCACGGGGUGAGGGCUGAAGGCGGUGGGCAUCCUCCUCCCGAUGCGUGGCUGGGCCCUCGACCCUCCUGCGGACAUCCCCCUCCACGGUAACGGCGUGGCAGCUUUUCACUCGUCUUCCUCCCCUGCUCCCACGCCCCAUGCCGGCUCGAGGAGGGGCUUUUUUGUGCCUGCUGGAAGCUUUUGAGAAUGUUCUUUCUGCAAGGGGGGGAGGGUAUCUUGGGGCCUCACGGGAUGUUUCUGCUGGCCAUUAAUUACCUGACUGGCUAUUGGGGUUCGUUAAUAUGAAGUGACCUUCUAGAGGUCUGGUAGCAACGUGAUGGAGACAUGGAGACCCCCCCCCCCCCAAUCCAAUGUAUGCCAGGGGCUGUGUAGAUAGCCUGCAUCCGACUCGGUCUUCCUACCUCGGGUUGUACCCUGUUGGCUUUAUUUUAUCUUUGAAAUAAAUGCUCUGGUCGGA